AUGGAGCGUGAGAGCGGUGCCUCGGGAGGCCCGACCACACGGUCAGGAGAGAAUAAGACCGUGGUGCUGAUAGUCAGUGUUGAAGAUGGUACUGUGAAGAUAGAGAAUGGUGGACGUCUUGCAAGUUUAAUGUUGGGGAGAAAGGAAUGGGUCCAGGAUGUGUUUGAGAUGCGUUUUGCAAAAAUUCCAGAUGAACCUGUUGAACCAGUUGUUCCGUCUCCUCCUCCUCUGCCACCUCCAACUAACCAGGUGUCGUCCUCUUCCUCGAGUGACAGCAGCAGUGACAGUUCUUCUGACAGUGACAGUAGCACAGAUGAUUCAGAGGAGGAGCGGGCACAGAGGCUGGCUGAGCUUCAAGAACAGUUGAAAGCGGUGCACGAGCAGCUGGCUGCCCUUUCCCAACCACAACUGUCAAAACCAAAGAAAAAGGAAAAAGACAAGAAAGAAGAGAAAAAGAAAGAAAAGGAAAAAGACAAGAAAGAAGAAAAGAAAAAGAAAGAGGACGUGGAGGAAAAGAAAAGGAGCAAAGCUAAGGAGCAACAGCCAAAAAAAUCAAAGAAGAACAAUGCAAAUACCAGGAAUCUGAAGAGCAUCAAGCCUGGUCCCGCAUAUGACUCUGAGGAGGAGGAUAAGUGCAAACCGAUGACGUAUGAGGAAAAGAGACAACUGAGCCUGGACAUAAACAAACUUCCUGGUGAUAAAUUAGGGCGAGUAGUUCACAUCAUUCAGUCCCGUGAGCCCUCACUAAGAAACUCAAACCCUGAUGAGAUUGAAAUAGACUUUGAAACGUUAAAACCCUCUACGUUGCGAGAGCUAGAACGAUACGUUACAUCAUGUUUACGGAAAAAAGCGAGGAAACCUCAAGUGAAAAAAGUCCCAGGGAAAUCGAACGAUGACCUCCAGCUAGACUCGAAGAGUGAGCUGGAUACCAGGUUACAUGACGUUAGCGGCCAGCUGAGCUCUGGGAAGAAACCAGGCAGAAAAGCUGAGAAGCAUGACGUAAGCAUGGAUGUGGGAGGUCCUUCAAGGAUGAGAAGCAGCAGCAGCUCUUCUGAGUCAGACAGUAGCAGUGACUCCAGCUCCUCUGAGAGCAACGACUCUGAAACAGAGAUGCCACCUAAAGCCAAACAUGGCAGCCACAAGAAUCGCUCUGGACGGGAGCAGAAGAAGAACCACCAUCACCAUCAGCAGCCGCAGCCGAUGAAGCAGUCGCCUCCUCAGUUUAUACCUACUUCUCUUCCAAUCAUGGAGCCGCAGAUAUUGACCAAUGCCUAUGAUGCCAUGCCACACUUUGGACCGCCCAUGAUGCACCUUCCACACCAGAGCGAGCUGCAGACGCAUUUGCCACCUGCUCCUGAGCAGCACUCUCCCCCUCAUCUCACACAACAUUCGGUGGUGUCUCCUCCAGCUUUGCACAGUAGUCUCCCUCAACAGCCAUCCAGACCCAGCGGUAAAGCCGCACCUCUACCUCCAAAACAGCCGCGGCCCCUUGCACAGUCCCCACCCAUGGUCCCACAGCCUAUAUUACAGCCGCCACAGAUGACGCAGCCACCAGCAUUGCUGGAAGAAGAGGAACCACCACCUCGUCUCUCAAUUCCUCUGCAGCCUAGUCAGAUGCAUCUGUACUUGCAACAGCUACAAAAGGCCCAGAAUCAAACUCCACUUCUCUCAACAGUCCAGACUUCAUCCCAAUCCCAACCUCAACCCCCACCUCAGCCAGUCCACAGUCAGCCCCAGCCGCCUCAUACCCAGCCCCAGCCUCUGCCUCACACCCAGCCUCCGCCACAUCCCCAGCCUCAGCCUCUACCCCAGCAGCAGGUGCCACAGCAGCAUCAACCAAGGCCACUUCACAUGCAGUCAAUGCAGUUUCCAUCCCACAUUCAGCAACCACAGCCACAGCAACCACAGCACCAGCCUCCCCAGCAGGCGAAACCCCAGCAGGUUAUUCAGCACCACCACUCGCCACGACAGCCGAAGCCUGACCCCUAUUCUACAGCUCAUUUGGCAGACGUGUCCUCACCGCUCUUGAUGCAUUCCCCACCGCUGCCACAGUUUCCAUCUCUUGUCCAUGGUUGGAAAGUCAUGGGAUUAGGAAUAUCAUACCUAAUCCUGGUGAUCUGCUUUAGCAAUGGGUGGAAUUCAUGGAGAACCAUAGCCAUAAAGUGUGGCGAAGGAUUCUAUUUUGGAAAAAACAGGACAUGCAUUGAUGACAAUGAGUGUGGUGAAACCGAAGCUGAUUUAAGUGGCCGGUGUGGUGUCAACACAGAAUGUUACAAUACGCUCGGGAGUUUCUACUGUACCUGUAAGAAAGGAUACGCCACAUACUCAGGAGAAACUAACUUCACCGCCAUUACACACUGCCGAGGUGAGGAAGCUAAUUACAUGACAUGCUUGUUUUCAUAA